CCAAUAAAAACUACAACUAUUGAUGAGCAAAGAAGAGUAUUAAAAAUAAGAUGACGCUCCUGAUGCCAAUGCUUAACCAACUUUGGGAUAGCCAAUAAGGAGGAAAAAUAAAAAGAGAGCAAUUUUAAACCCAUAAUAGAGUACGGGACAUUGGAGUGAAGAAGAACAUAAAACAUACAUCAAUUUUCUCAAUGUACAUCGAUCAGUCAUGGAGUCCUCAGACUAAAAAAAAACCUCUAAAAUAUUUAAACUCAUGAGUGAAACAAUUGGAACAAGAAGUCCUUCAUAAUGUAGGUAUAAUUAAUUUUGCAUAUUGCGAGAUCUCAUCAUCAAAAAUUUAAUCCUUUCUCUCAUCAAGUAAAAAAGAGGUAAAAAGGGGCUGGCCGCAAGAAAAAAGAAAGUAACUCUUAGGUAGAUAAAACUAACAAUGGAUUCAUGGAAAAUGCUUGCUUUCCUUAAUUUAUGUUUUAACCUUCUGCUACCUAUUUCCCAUAAUAAUCUUUUGUAAAUAUUAAAGAAUGAGAUUAUAGGAUUUUCAGAUGAUGCAACUCCAAUAGGUUCCAAUGAUGAUGUAAUAUUUGGAUCAAAACAAUAAAGAUGAUGAAAAAUUAGUAAUAUAAGAUCCAUCUGUUUGUUUUCAUUAAUUUAUUAUGAAUCCUCAACAAAUAUAUGAUGAGAAGAACUAAUUUUACAAUUUUGGUUUUCCCCACCCUUAAUAAAUGCAAUUUAACUUUAAUUACUUUUAACAAUUGCCAAAUGAAUUUUAUGGUACCAACUCAGCUGAAAUUAUCCAAAAAGAUAAUUAAUCAGAAGAUCAAUGA